UAACCGUUUUACACCGGCCAGUGAGGUGGACCAGAAAGGGUUACCUCCAGCAUGGCGGCGGCGUGGACCCUGGUGACCACUUAUCAGAUGGAGUGACAAUGCAAAGUACAGAUGAGCAAGGACCAGAGCAGGAAACCGUCAGCUGGCAGACAGCUGUGAAGUCUACGUGCAGAGGAACAGGAGAGACAGAAGGCAGAGGCCUCGGAUAUGAGACAGCCAUGGAGUCAGACUCUGAUUUACUGGAGAACUUGCGGCUGCCUACCUUGGAAAUGCUGAGUAAUAAAAUCAUAAAUCCUGGGACACAGGCCAGUCUGUCUCCCUGCCAUGAAGAACUGUGUCAAGGAUCACAUGACACAUCAUCGUCUAAUGAUGACACAGCAGAAAUACAUGUCGCCACCUCACCUGGUGAACUGGAGGCAUCUCCUGCUGUGGUGGAGACCACUCCCGAGGAGAGACCUCUAGACAGUGAAAUGAAACACCAUAAAGAGGAAAAUAAGACUCCCUUUGAGACAUCUAGUGAUGAUACGGAUGAAUGGGAGACCGCCAGCGAAAAGAGUGUUGCGCUAGAACCUGAGCCGUAUGAUAAAGAGAAGGUUGGAGAUGCUGAAUCCUGUGGUCAAGAGAAGCACAAUGAGGAUGCCGGACAUCAUGGUCAAAAAAAUAUCUUGGAGGACGCUGGGCUUCAUGAUCUGGAAAUAGUCGCUGAGGAUGCUGGGCAUCAUAGUCUGGAAAACAUCUUGGAGGACGCUGGGCUUCAUGGUCAGAAAACAGUCACUGAGGAUGCUGGUCUUCAUGGUCAGAAAACAGUCAGUGAGGACGCUGGUCUUCAUGGUCAGGAAGCGGUCAGUGAGGACGCUGGUCUUCAUGGUCAGGAAGCGGUCAGUGAGGACGCUGGUCUUCAUGGUCAGGAAGCGGUCAGUGAGGACGCUGGUCUUCAUGGUCAGGAAGCGGUCAGUGAGGACGCUGGUCUUCAUGGUCAGGAAGCGGUCAGUGAGGACGCUGGUCUUCAUGGUCAGGAAGCGGUCAGUGAGGACGCUGGUCUUCAUGGUCAGGAAGCGGUCAGUGAGGACGCUGGUCUUCAUGGUCAGGAAGCGGUCAGUGAGGACGCUGGUCUUCAUGGUCAGGAAGCGGUCAGUGAGGACGCUGGUCUUCAUGGUCAGGAAGCGGUCAGUGAGGACGCUGGUCUUCAUGGUCAGGAAGCGGUCAGUGAGGACGAUGGGCUUCAUGGUCAUGAAACAGUCAGUGAGGACGAUGGGCUUCAGGGUCAUGAAACAGUCAGUGAGGACGAUGAGCUUCAGGGUCAUGAAACAGUCAGUGAGGAAGAUGAGCUUCAGGGUCAUGAAACAGUCAGUGAGGAAGAUGAGCUUCAAGGUCAUGAAACAGUCAGUGAGGACGAUGAGCUUCAUGGUCAUGAAACGGUCAGUGAGGACGAUGGGCUUCAUAGUCAUGCCAUAGUGAGUGAGGAUGCUGGAAUUCAUGGUCAUGAGACAGAUAGUAAGGAUCCAGGGAUUCAUGGUCAUAAGGCAGUGAGUGAGAGCUCAGGUUUUCUUGGUCAGGAGAAACACAGAAAGAUUAAUGAGGCUCAACAGGAAGAAAUUGGGAAAGAUGCUGAAAUUCAUGGACUGGAAACAGUGAAUGAGGAUGCUAAACCUCAUGGUUAUGAGACAGUCAGUGAAGAUUCUGGAUCUCAUGGUUAUGAGAAAGUGAGUGAAGAUGCUGAACCUCAUGGUUAUGAGGCAGUUAGUGAAGAUGCUGGACCUCGUGGUUAUGAGGCAGUUAGUGAAGUUGCUGGACCUUGUGGUUAUGAGGCAGUCAGUGAAGUUGCUGGACCUCGUGGUUAUGAGGCAGUCAGUGAAGAUGCUGGACCUCGUGGUUAUGAGGCAGUCAGUGAAGAUGCUGGACCUCGUGGUUAUGAGGCAGUCAGUGAAGAUGCUGGACCUCAUGAUUAUGAGGCAGUCAGUGAAGAUGCUGGACCUCAUGAUUAUGAGGCAGUCAGUGAAGAUGCUGGACCUCAUGAUUAUGAGGCAGUCAGUGAAGAUGCUGGACCUCAUGAUUAUGAGGCAGUCAGUGAAGAUGCUGGACCUCAUGAUUAUGAGGCAGUCAGUGAAGAUGCUGAGCCUUAUGAUCAUGAGACAGUCAGUGAAGAUGCAGGGUCUUAUGAUCAUGAGACAGUCAGUGAAGACAUUAGGCAGUAUGAUCAUGAGACAGUCAGUGAAGACGCUGGGCAGUAUGAUCAUGAGACAGUCAGUGAGGAUGCAGGGCAGUAUGGUCAGAAGACACUUAGUCAUGAGAUGUUCAGUGAGGAUGCUGGUCCUCCUGGUCUGGAUACAGUAAUUGAGGAGGGUGAGCCUCAUGGUCAUGACGCAGUCAAUGAGGAGGCUGGAUCUCAUGGACAGGAGACAGACAGUGAGAAGGCUGGGGCUUAUGGUCAGGAUACAAUUAAUGAGCCGGCUGGUGAAGAGAUAGUCAUUGAGGAGGCUGGGCCUCAAGAACAGGAGACUGUAAAUGAGGUAGAUGAGCUUCAUGGUCCAAAGUCAGUCACUGAGGAGACUAUGCUUUUUGCUUUACAGAUAUCCAGUAAAGGGGCUGGCCCUUUUAGUCAUGGCAACAAGACGACAGAUAACAGGGAGGUCACACUUCAUAGUCAGGACACAUCUAAUGAUGAUAUAGAGUCUUAUGGUCAGGAGACUGUCAAUGAGGAGGCUAAGGCUUGUGAACAGGAGAUGGUCCAUGAGGAAACUGGGUCUUUUAUUCUUGAACCAGUCCAUGACUUGACUAGGUAUCCUCAUGAGGACACAGUCAGUGGGUUAGUAGCUGGUGACAUGACUAGGCCUCAUGGUCUUAAUGCAGAAGGAGAGCUACAGGGCAAUAAGACACUCUUUGGGAUUGACAGUGAGGAGUUUGAUGAAGACUGUAAGACUGCUGUUCCUGAGCAGGCACUGAAUGAUGAAACCACCGAUGAUAAAAAAGGGACCUUAAAUACAGAGCAACCAUACGAAAAUAGAUUGAUAAAAAGUGCAGAAAUACUAGAGACUGAUGAACUUGACCGCCAUGAGACAGUUUGUCAAGCAACACUCAAUGUCUGUGGCGAGAGAGAUUCUGAUGAGCCUUGCGAUAUCUACGUAGAAGCCAUCAAUGAAGAAGUCCUGAAUGUCUGUAAAGAGUCCUUUCAUGAAGAGACACAGUUUGUCUAUAUGGAGAAAGACCAUGAAGAAAAACAGGAUAUCUACAAAGGGAUGGAAGGUCAUGAGAUGCAAGGCAUCUAUAUUAAGGCUGUUGAAGAAAAUGCUUUACAGGGUAUACCUGACCCUGAGGAUACAGAAGCUGGAGAUGCCAGCAUGAUAGACAUGAAGGAAGUCGUGAGUGAGGACAGAAUCAUCACUAAACAGUCUAGUGAAGAAAGUGAAAUGGCCAAAAAACUAGUUCAGAUGAAAACUAAUGAGGGCUUUGUAGGAUCUUCAAGAGUCCUUGAUGAAAAUGCCCCCUUUGAAGAUGAGCAGGAUUAUUAUGUUUUUCAAACAGAGAUGGGAUUUAACAGAAGCAUCCAACUAACUGAGGAUCUAGAGCUCGCCUAUGUAGAAUUUGAGAGGCUUGAAGACAAGCUACAUAGUAUUAAGAAUCUAGUAGGGACUGGUGAAGGACUUUCUGAAGAUAAUCCUAAUGUAUUGGACCAAGACACAGUGCAUGAGCUGCAGUAUACACAAGUUACUACUGAUGACAAAUCAUAUAUGGACUGUACAAUGAGUAUCGAAACUCAACUGGAUGUUCAUAGUCCACGACUGAUGGAAGAGAAGAGGCAAGAUACUCAAAAUGAACCUUCUGAAAGUCUGUGGCUUGGAUACAACGCAGAGCUCAAUAUCCAAGAGGUGUCUUCUGAUGUCCAAGAAAUCAGUGAACCAUGUUUGCACCUAUCAGUAGUACAUGCAGAACAAACCAGUGACUCAAAAGAUGAUUCAAGCCUCCAGCAUCCGAGGUUAAGUGAUCCAGAACCGGUUCCAGAAGAGGAAAUGACCAUGUUGGACACUCAUGGUAAACUAAGUUUCUCACACGUGGAUCAUCAUGCUCAAGAAGUUCCUCCGGAUGAGCCUGACCACUAUAAACUAGAAUUUUUUCCUGUCCGAUUAAAGGACAUUGGGAUUUUAUCAGACGAUAUAGUCCGAUCUAGUUCAAAAAGUAAAGCUCAUGAAUUGUUACAAAAGAGUAUAGAGUCAAAAUGUAUAAACAGACAAGAAACCAUGCAAGAACCUUUCAGAGAGUCAUGCUACCAAGAAAGUACUUUGAGUGAUGUUCAUCCUGUGAUUGGCUCUGGCCAAGACUCAGUGACCUCUAGUUCAGAAACUGCAAAAACUACAGAUACAAAUUUGGAAAAUGUCAAACUCGUAAGAAGGCAGCGGAGUAACACAGAUCCUUGCUUGAUUCUUGACCAAGAAGAAAAGCCACAAGCCAGCUCCAGUACUGGAGGUUUAUCGAGGGGUCGAUUGAGAAGUCUGACUCCUCCUUGUGACAAAUUUACCUCUUCUUAUAGCCCUACUUCAGCUGAAAUUCUCACGCAAUCCACAACCUCUGUCUUGUUUCCAAUGCAGGAUCAAAACAAAACUAAACAUGGGACAACAGAUACAAGAUCAGCAAAGCAAAAUACGUUCUAUCCUACGCAAAUAUUUAACCCCAUGCUUCUGCUAAGUGAUAUGCAAGAAGAGUCUGGGUUCUACCAGAAAGAGAACUUUAAACAAGGCGACAUGGAUAAUACAAGUCAAGGGACCUUCCAGUCAGCACCUAUAGAUAAUCAGGUCCUUUUUCGCAACAAGAACACCAAAAACAUUGUUGUAGAAUCCAAAUAUUCCCUUAAAUCUACUGAGGGACCAUCUGAUACAAAACCAAUGAUGGCUCCAUCAGUGGCCCCUGUGUGGCUUCCUCCUCAACCCACUCGAUACGUAGGAAAUUCUGGUGGGGUAAGUGAAAUUAGAUCUAUGAAACCGUCAGAGAAUCCCCUGGUGAGACGGCCCACCAUAAGGCAUAAAAAGAGCAACGUUGGAGCUAAACCAACUGCUAAGAGGUUCAGUAACCCAAACCUUCCUGCCAUUCCUCAGAGAGAUUAUCCAACGGGACCAGGAAUAAGUCAGUUACCAAGGAUCCAACCAGUUAAUAUCAACAAAGUCCAAAUUUCCUCCAAAAAUAAACCUUUACCUCACCAGCAAACUAUUUCAGAAGAGUCUGAUCAAUCAAGAAGUUUACCUUCCAUGGAAACAGUAAGAGAGGAUGGAUAUCCCGCGGUGAAAGAGAAGACUUCCAAUAGUCCAGAGGCCGUACUACUGAGAGGGAGCCGCAGUAAGACCAAACCACCUUCCUCGGUUUCAAUACAAAGUAUCCACCGCCGUUACUCCACAUUCAUAAACUCUUCCAACCUUCUGUAUCAGGAGUACAGUGAUGUGGCUUUGAACCAGGAGAUCCAAAGACAGAAACCAGGUGACUCCCCAGCGGAGGACAGCCAGCCCAGCUCUCCAAGAGUCCGGAGGAGGAUCCUGUCAUCCCAGGACUCCUACCUGCAGCGUCUGUCCAUCUCCUCUGCUGACUCCCUGUGGCAGGACAUUCCGAAAAUCCGGGACAGUGUGACCUUCUUGUCAAUGACCCGAGAGGAGCAGAAGCUGCAGGAGGCUAAGUUUGAGCUCAUCAUGUCGGAGGCGCUGUACCUGCGCAGUCUGAACAUCGCUGUGGAUCAUUUCCAGAGAAGCGCAGAACUCCAGGAGGUGCUAAGUGCUCAGGAUCGACAGUGGCUCUUCUCCCGCCUGUCUGAGGUCCGGGACGCCAGCUCCGAUUUCCUCUUUGACCUGGAAGAAGAAUUUGAGAGCAACAUGUACAACUUCCAGGUGUGCGACGUGGUGAUCAGCCAUGAGCCCAACUUCCGCAGGGUCUACCUACCGUACGUCACCAAUCAGAGCUACCAGGAUCGGACCUUCCAAAGGCUGAUGAACGGUAACCCGCGUUUUCAGCAAGUUUUGGCCAAGUUGGAGAGUGACCCCGUAUGCCAACGACUGAGCCUGAAAUCGUUCCUCAUCCUUCCCUUCCAGAGAAUCACCCGGCUGCGGCUGCUCCUACAGAAUAUUCUGAAGCGUUCUGCUCCGGGGUCUACCAAGGAGCUGCAAGCCACAGAGGCCCACAAUGCGCUGGAGAAGCUGAUCAGAGACUGCAAUGAGAGCGUGCAGAGGAUGAAGGACACAGAGGAGCUGAUUCUGCUCAACCAGAAGAUUCAGUUUGAGUGUAAGAUCUUUCCCCUCAUCUCCCAGUCUCGGCGUCUUGUUAAACAUGGGGAUGUGACGUCUCUGGAGUUCAAUUCUAUGAGCUUCAAAUGGAAAGUCACCACUCGGCCUGUCUACCUGCAUCUCUUCAACGACUGUCUACUGCUGUCUCGCAUCAGAGAAGGAGGGCGUUUUGUCGUAUUCGAUCACGCAUCUGAGUUCCGCGUGGAACGAUGUGAAAUUAAACUCCACACCAACCAGAAGAACAUAUUCCGCGUCUUCCUCCGGGAUUCUGCUGCAAUGGGGCGGGAGUCCUCUCAGGACGGAAGAGAGACGGAGUUCAUCUUCAGGACCGAGACGCAGAGUCAGAAACUGAGAUGGAUUUCUGCAUUGUCUCCCCCCAAAGAAGAGACUGACUUCUGGGGGGAUCAUGGUCUCUGCCAGAUGCAAUGUUUAAAGUCCUAUAAAGCACGAGAAAACGAUGAAUUGUCCCUGGAGAAGGCUGAUAUUCUCAUGAUAACGCAGAACAGUGAUGAUGGAUGGCUACAUGGUAUCCGCCUCUCGGAUCAGCAUUCUGGUUGGUUCCCACAGCCUAAUGUUCAACCCAUAAGCCGGAACGCUUGUCUGCGUAACCUGCAAGAAGAACAAAGAUUGAAGACCGCCCGAGCCAAGCUGCAACCAGCUGGGGCCAAGGGGCAGUAACUGAGCAAUAUGUCCUCCUGUUGACUAACUCUGGUUCCCUCAAGCUUUCCUGCUCUUUGGCACUCUGUUGCCCCCCCCUCCCCAUGCCGAUUGAGUUCUUAGACUGGGACUACAUGGAGACUCAAAAUGCGCAUCAUCAGUCACACUGCAGUUGCAUCUAUAAUGUGUGUUACAUGAUAUAGGGGGCGCAAUACAAGACUGUGUGUUUAAGUGGCAGCAACACAAAUCUCAAGCUGGUUGCAGCCAGUGGUCCAUGCUGUCCGACCAUCUGCACCCAGAUCAAUCUGCCAUCUAGCCCAAGUGGGAAGCAUUUAAAGGGCCCUUUCCUAGCAGUUCACGAUUCAGUGUAAAUGUAAUAAAAAUAAUCUGAACGCUGGCGAUUUUCUCCUUCACACAAAAAGAGCUAUUUAUAUUUUUAAUUAUCAAACUUUCUGGGCGCCUUACGUAUUUAAAAAAAAAAUAAAAAAAUGAUUGCAAAGUCUGAGCACUUUCCCGGGUUGUCGACCUCUGUAAAUAAUUUUACAUUAAAUUUUAUAAAGCUGUGUGGACAUAUUUCUUCUGAGUAAAGUGAUCUCAACCUUGAGUUGAAGAGGGUCAGAAA